GUCGAUGAAGCACCCUAUAUCCUAAUGGAUAAGAAGAAGAGAAAGCCGGACACGCAUUGCUUCGCUCCGGGUUGCCGUACAGGCUACCGCGGUCAUCGCGUGGAAAAUGGAAGAAAGAUUUCGUUGUUUUCGGUGCCAAAAGAGGAAGACCGCCGGAAGGACUGGGAGCGCAACCUCAAACGGAAGGACAAACCUCUAGCCGAGACAUCUGCGGUGUGCGAAAAGCACUUUGCUGAGCAUUUUGUUAUUCGCGAUUACGUACAUGUUAUCGGCGGUAACGAAGUGCGAAUUCCCCGUGGAAGGCCUGCUCUUGCAGCAGGUGCGGUGCCAACGCUCUUACCCGACCUACCUGCAUACCUUUCAAAAGUGCUUGUGAAGCCAAGACCAGAGAGAAAGCGUCGUGGUGUUCCCUCGUCUGAACCGGCCAAGAAAGUACGGUUGUCUCGCCGCGAUGAGCAGGAAGCGCGCUUGGCCGAAGACCAAAAUGUCGACCCGAACGCGAGGGCCUUCGAAAACGACGAAGUGAAUUCUGUUGUACCAGGUGAUCUGCAGGCCCUGGCCGACUCACUAUAUAUUCCAAGACUGUGGACGAAGCUUAUUACACCAGAUCUGGAUGUCCUGGUGUUUGCCACGACACGCACAAGAAAGGAGCCUUUUGGUAUUUUCCAUGAGAAAGUGAUGAGCUUCACCUUAGAUCAGCACAAUGACAUUGUGGCAAGCUGCUAUUUUAAUGGCAGAGAGAAGAAGUACGGAAAAAUUAGUUCCCUUCUUGAAGCAAGAAAUAUUUUUCAAGUAGUAGACUCUGCAUUGCUUUGUGCAGGUGCAGUGAGUAGAGACACUUAUGAAGACAUUGCUCAGAACCUGACUGACAAGAUGAAACGCACGCUUACUCCUGCAAAUGAUGGUGUGUUCAGAAAGAACUGCCUUGGAGUGGUGACAGCUAAAGGAGGCAUCUGCAUUCAUUGUCGCUACCUGCGAAAAGCACUCUUGGCCCGGAAAUCCAAGCUGAAGAAAAAACGUGUUGCACAUAAUUGGUCCCACAGACUUUCGAGUAGCCAAUCAGAAGGCAAAGCGAACUGCUUCACGCUUGUGCACACUGGCAGGUCAAAUCCGAGCUAUGAAAGAAGAAAACUGUAAGCUGAGCAAUGAAGCUUUUCUCGGCCGUAUUAAAGAACUGCCUCAAAAGCAGCAAGAAGGAGCUCUGCACAUGUUCAAGGCCGCAAAGAGGAAAAGCACUAGAGGCAUGAGAUACUCGAAGGAGUGGAUUUUGGAAUGUCUGAUCAUGCGUAUGAAAGGACCUAAACUGUAUGAAGACAUGCGUAGGCAGAGAAUUCUUGUCUUGCCGA